AUGGCAGUUUCUGUCGCACCAUCAUUCAACGGCGACCUCCUUGUCCGAGACUCGCUCAGACCAGACACCCGGCGACGGAAGACUGGAUUGGAUAAGAAUGGUCGCGAUGGGUUCGGCUCGAAAUUCAGGCAGUUGGCCAGGUUCUGGGAAGAACUGAAGGAUGGCAAUGCACGACUUCCGCCGGCAAAGAAUGCUGGAGAGAAUGUUGUGAGGGAGCUCUUUCGACCAUAUGGCGAGAUACGGCCAAUUGCUGUGCCGCCUCCAACGUAUGAGGAAAGCUUGCAGGAUCUGCCGCCGGAUUAUACAUCUACAGAUGCGGUGGCCACUGCGCAAUGUCUUUCAUAUACGGCGGAUCUAGCGCCAGUUGAGAAGAAAUCAUCUACAUCAUCAUCUAGCCCGUUUGCGAUCUUGACAGACAUCGAUCUGUCAAGAAUUGACGGUAUCCGGGAGCAUGCCAAUAAAAAGGCAAAGCAGGCGGCGAAGAAGGCUCAGCAGGCCAAAUGGGGCGAUGAGAACGAGGGCGAGGAGAACGCGGACGGAGGUGCUGAUGGUGGUGGGGACGAAAACGCCGGUGGAGAUGGUGGUGCAGGCGCUGGAGGCGACGGCGGGGAUCCACCAGGCGGAGGUGAUGGAGGCGGUGGUGACGAUGACUGGUUCGCCGGUGCUGGAAACAAGAAGAAGGACAAGAAGAAAAAGAAGAAUGCUUGGGACGACUUUGAAGACGAAGAGAAGAAGCGCGAAGAAGAGGAGAAGAAGAAGGCCGAGGAAGAAGCGGCUGCCAAUGGAGAUGCUGGGGGCGGAGGCGACAUGGACGACUGGGGUUCGUUCGCUCCAGUUGGCGGUAAGAAGAAGAAGGGCAAGAAGGAGCCCGACCCACCUCCACCACCACCUGAAGAGGCACCCGUCGACCUUGGAACUACAGCAGCGGAUCCUGAAGACGAAUGGGGAGGAUUCUCGACUGGAAAGAAGAAGAAGGGCAAGAAAGGCAAGACCGAACCCGCCCCACCCGCCGCAGAAAACAACGACAUGAAGUUCGACGACAUCGAUCUCAGCAACGACAAGAACGCGCCGAAGCUCGACCUCGACUUUGGCUUGCCAGCUGCUGGCGACAGCGACAAGAAGUCUGGUGGAUUCAGCUUUGGUGGAGGAUGGGGAGGCGGCUGGGGUUCUAGUGGUGGGGCCGACAAAGGCGGCAACUCAUCGUGGGGCUUCGGCGGCGCAGAGGAUGACAAGAAGGACUCGGCGAUGGACAAUAGCUGGAGUUUCGGGACCGGCAAGAAGGACAAGAAGAAGAAGAACGAUUUCUCUGACUUCAACUUUGACACACUUGGCGAGGGCGACGACCUGGGGAUGCCGGCAACGCAGGAGAAGCCGCCGGAGGAUGAUCCAUGGGCCGCCUUCAGCACCAAGAAGGACAAGAAGAAAAAGAAGGGCGCCGAACCUGAGCCUAUCGUCGAACCUCCACCACCUCCUCCCGAAGAAGAGAAGCCUGCUGAUGAUCCCUGGGGCGAUCUUAUGGGUGGCAGCAAGAAGGACAAGAAGAACAAGAAGAAGAACUUCUGGGAGGCCGAAGCAGAGCCGGUUGUCGUUCCCGAGCCAGAACCGGAGCCUCCCAAGGAGGAGGAUCCGUUCGAGUUUGGCAUGAUGUCCGCGAAAGACAAGAAGAAGGCCAAGAAGAACGCGAAGGCUGCGGGCAAGGAGGAGGUCAAAAUAGUGGAAGAGCCGAUCGUCGUUGUGCCAGAGCCGGAGCCGGCCCCAGUGGUAGACGAAUUCGAUGGGUGGGCCACAGGUGCUUCUAAGAAAGAUAAGAAGAAAAAGAAGGGCGCAUUUGACUGGGGUGCGACGGAGGCGGAACCCGACGCGGUCAUCGACGUGCCACCACCUCCACCUGCCGCACCCGUAGCAGACGACGAUUGGCUCGGCGGCGGCUGGGCGGACUCUGGUAAGAAGAAAGACAAGAAGGGCAAGAAGGGUGCCGCCAUCGAAGAGGUGGCACCCGCUCCGCCCCCGCCUCCUCCAGAGCCACCUGUCCCUGAAACCAAGGCCGACGACGAAUGGUUCGGCGGCUUCGGCACAGGCAAGAAAGACAAGAAGAGCAAGAAAGGCAAAGCAGAGCCGGAGCCACCAGCACCUCCACCACCGCCGCCUGAGCCAGUGGUGGAAGAGAAGCCUGCCGACGACUGGUUUUCAGGCUUCGGCAAGAAGGACAAGAAGGGGAAGAAGGGCAAGGCUGAGCCUGAACCGCCACCUCCCCCGCCAGCGCCAGCGCCGGUCGAGGAUGCUUUCACGCUCGACGAGCCUGCUGCCACUGGUGGUGGCGAUGACGAUUGGAUGAACUCGUGGACUACUGGCACCAAGAAGAAGGACAAGAAGGGCACGAAGUCGAAGGGCAUUACGGAGGUCGUUGACGUUACGCCCGAAGUGCCCUCUGUUAUGCCUGAUGCUGUGCAGGAGAAGUCUGCCGAAGAGGAUCCCUGGGGUUCGUGGGGUGCUGUUGGGAAGAAGGACAAGAAGAAGGCGAAGAAAGGCUCUUUAAUGGACUCAAUGCCGCCUCCCGCACCGACACCACCGGAACAGGGACUGGACACUCCGCAAGCUUCUGCCUUGCUUGACUUGGAAACACCUGCCGAUGAUCCUUGGGCCUUUGCGACUUCUACGAAGAAGAAGAGCAGCAAGGACAAGGACAAGGACGCCAAGGACGCGAAAGACAAGAAGACUUCGUCCAAGGACGACAGCAAGCUCAGCAAGAGCAAUAGCAAGGAGUCGAAGAGCGACGACAUUCUCGACAUUGUCGACGAAGCUGGUCCUGUCGAGGAGGAACCUAAGCCUGAGUCGCCCAAGGAAGACAAGAAGGCCUCUAAGUCCUCCGGCUGGGGCAGCCUUUGGGGCAGCAGCAAGACUCCAGCGAAGACCACCAAGGAGAAGGAGAAGGAAAAGAAGGAGAAAGAGGCAGCUGAAGAAGCUCAGAAGAAGGCCGACGAGGAAGCCUUCGGCGCUGCACUUGGUGAUGACCCGGACGAGAUUCUGGAAAUUGUCGACGAGGCGCCGCCUCCGAAGAAGUCGUCGAAGGAAUCCAAGGACAGCAAGAAGAAGAGUUCCAAGGAGGACAAGUCGAGUGAGAAGACCUCCAAGACGAGCAAGAAGAGCGAUCCUGUUCCAGAAGAGCCCGAUCCGCUAGACGACCUCCUCAACGACAAAUCACAGGAGACGGUCGAGUCCGCAAAGACGGACGGUUGGGGAUUCUGGGGAUCGUCUCUCAAAUCUGCGAAGAAAGCCACGGGCGCAAGCGAGACGAAGAAGGAAAUUGGCAGCAGCGCGUUGGCCAAUGGAAAGUCCGUGCUGACAGACCAGCCGAAGGCGCCAGAAGCCGCUUUCGAGGACGACACGUUGCCUUCCAAGUCAGCAGCAACAACGACGACAAAGACCAAAAGCGGUUCCAAAGGAAGUUCAAGUGUUCAGGAUCGCAUCAAACAGCUGCAAGGUGAGAAGGAGAGUUCAUCGAAGAAAUCCGCCAAGGAAGCCGCCCCGCCUCCGCCUCCAGAACCGGAGCCAGAGCCUGUGGUUGUUGUCGAGGACAAGAAGUCGUCGAAGAAGAGUACUGCUACCGCCACCAAGACUUCGUCGUCUUCGAAGAAAGACAAGAAGGAGUUGUCGCCGCCGUCCACUGACCCGACACUAGUGGUACCCAAGUCCUCGCCGUCGCCGCUACCUGGUGGCUUUCCGCUCGACGACACUUUCGACGCACCUAUGUCGCCUCCCGUUAAGAAAUCUUCUUCUUCCAAAGACAAAGAGAAGAAGUCGUCCAAGUCCAGCAAGAAAGACGCGACGCCUGCGAUUGUUGAUCCGCCUGCUGGGGAUGAUAUGGACGACUUGCUGAUGGAUGACUCCAAGCUUCCAACGCCACCUCCGGAGAAGUCGAGGAAGGACGAUUCCAAGCCUUCUAAGAAGGAACGCCCGAAGGUUGUGCGCGAUCAGCAGUCGUCGUCCUGGGGCUUCUGGGGCGCUGCUCCGCCACCGAAGUCCAGCUCCAAGCGAUCCAAGGACGGCGCCGCGUCCCCAACCGAGGAGAAGCCUGAGAAGCCGUCGCUGUCGCGGUCGAAGUCUGCCCGCAAGGCCAACGACAAGGAUCCGAUGGAGAAGGCAUCCCGAUCUUCUGGUUCUGACAAGGACGGGAAGUCGAAGUCGCGCCCGAGCACUUCCCGUGGGAUGAGCUUUUCGAUGUUCGGCAUGGGUGGUGCGACGCCCAGUCGCUCGAAGAGCACGCGCGACCCUGCUCGUGAGCACCGCUCUUCCCGCCGCCACUCAGUCGCUGUCGACGAUGGUGGGAUGAUGUCGCCACCUCCAGACGAUGUCAAGCCGAAGGAGAUGUCCGCCAAGGCAGCCAAAUUGAUGGGUGUCAAGCCCAGCAAGUCCACGCGCGAGAAGCCAAAGUCGCGCAAGGUCCCGGAUCCUUAUGCCAUUGACGACGAUGACAUGGUCAUGGUCGAUAAUCCAGAGGACUCUGCCAAGGACAUGCCGCAAUUCGACAUUCCGUCCAGAGAGAAGAGGAAGUCUCAUAAAUCGAAGCGACAAUCGACUAUGAUGUCUGGUGGCCUCGGUGAAGGCGACGAUGCUGUCAUGGUUGACGCGCCGCGUGGUACUGAAGAACCGGAUUUUGUUGGUCGACCGGCGCCGCUCCGUCGCAGCACCACUAUGUCUGGCGCAGUGAAGAAGGGUGGGUUGAUGGGAGGCAUCCUGGGUGCCUUCUCUGCACGUCCAACUCCCGAUCGCCGCCAAAGCAAGGCUUACGAGAGCGAUGAUGGUCAUUCGAGACGCAAGCGCGGGUCCGUCUACGAGGAUGACUCGACCAAACGACUUCGUCGCGAUGAUCGCAAGGUCGGCCGGUCUCGCAAAGUGUCUGAUGCGGAUGGGCUCACUGAUGCUGCCCCUGUGACGGACGCCGAGACACCGGAGGCCAAGGAAGCUCGUCGAGCUGAACGCCGUGCUCGGAAGGAGCGUGAAGCGGCUGAUGCUGAGGCGAGAGCUGCGCGCCACGAGGUGCGCAAGGCCAAAGCCGAGGAGGAGCGUGAGGCUCGCAAGCAGGAGGAACGUCGCGCUCGGAGGGCUGAGCGGGAAGCUCGACGAGCUGAAGAGGAUCGCACGCCUCGUGAAGAGGAGCCCAGGGAUCCUGAGCGUCGCGAACGUCGCCGGGAGAAGGACGAGCGCCCAAAAAGCGACCGCCGAAGAUCCUACAUGGACAACCCGGAAGACGAAGAAGCACGCAGAGCUCGUCACGAAGAGCGCCGACUGCGCCGGUCAGCAGACGUCACCGCAGGCGCCAGCAAAGACCGCCCGCGCACUUCCCGACGUCGGUCCGACUAUCCUGCUCCAGCUCCAGUCGACGACUACUUUGACGCGCGCAAUGGUGAGCACAUCCCCACAAGUGGGCGUACGCCGCUUUCUAAUGGGGUGAACCAGAAAGGCGGCAGAAACGGUAAAGACAAGACCGCGUCGUGGGUGGACUCUUUGAACUAUGAUCCACCACCACCUCCGCCUGUCGAAGGCACGAUUAUCGAUGCGCCAGUCCAUUAUGCAGAUGACACGGCGCCCGAAGAUCCGACUACCGCGAGGGAGCUGAGGCAGAGCAAGCGCAGGGGUGAUGAGGGCUCUGAUGGCCGUCGCAGGAGGCGUGAGCCAAAGAGCAGCGACGGCAGUUCGCGCGACCAUGGACACGGACGCCGGCAGAGCUAUGCUCCUGGCGGACCAGCGAACAGUCUGGGAUAUAGCGAGUUUGGUGGCAAGACGUGGGAUGGCAGGCCAGCUGCUGCACCGAGGAGACAGAGCUGGUUCGCUAAGCUUGGAGCUGCGCUCUGA